AUGGCAAGCUCAUUCUCAAAAGAGCUGGAGGAUUUAUUGAAUCCUUUACCUACGUUUCAUGAUCCAGAAGAUGAUACUGGUGAUGUCACGGCGGCUCGAUUGAUUGAGGAUUUCAACGAGAACGAGGAGGAAGCCGGAAUCAGUGUUCUCCGAAAACAAAACAUAUCCCUACUGUCAGACAGAGACGGGCGGUAUGUGGGGAACCCAGUAUCUCGCACUAAGCUCCUUAUGGAUUUUGAAGCAUCUGGCGAGGAUUCUUAUGAUGAGAUGGAGGGGGGAGAUGGCGAAGUUGAAGAGGAGGGUGAGAUAGAAGAUGAUGAAGAUGAUUCUGUGAUUGAUGAAGAGAUCGAUGAGGAUGUCAGUGAAAAUAGUUCAGAAGAUGAAGGCGAGAACAAGUUGCCUGGCAGUAAUUCUGAACUGGUUAAAAAAAAGGUAUCUAAGAUUAAGAGCGCGGACAUCACACUGGAUUUCCCCAAACUGACUAAGAGCAUGAACCAUCUUGAGAUGAAUAGAGAGGAUGAUGAUGAUAAUGAAGAAAUUUCUGAUGAGUCUGAAUGCAGUGAAGAAGAUGAAGACUCUAGUGGUGGCGAAACAGAAGGUGGCGAGGAAGACAUGGCUGGUUGCACCUUUUUGAAAGAUGAAACAAAUGAGGAAAUUGAAAAAGGGAAAGCUGUGAAGAACCAGCUGGCUUUGUAUGACCAGCUACUGGAGGGUCGAAUCAAAAUCCAGAAGGCACUCGUGACAGCCAACCAGCUCCCACAGCCAGACACCGUCCCUGAAUUCAAAAGGAUGGGGGGAGCUGAGCUUGCGGGGGUGCUGAAGAACACCCACAAGGCAUUGACAACUCUUCAGAGGUCUCUGUUUGAGCUGCAGGACGAUUUGCUGUUCCAAAAUGCAGAUACACAGACCAUUGCCUUGGGAAAAACACAAGCCCAGAGCGGAGAUGAGGAGAUGAGCAACGAUGAGGAUAAAAAAGAUGCGUCAGUGCCUGCCUCUCUGAUGCUCAAAAGAAAACUGGAGAUGGUGGAGUACCCAGACUUGAUGGCUAAACGCUUUGCAGCUUUUCAGCCUUACUGUGGCACCACACUGAAGAGGUGGCACGACAAAACCAGACUCACUGUGGGCAAGACCAGCAAAGGCUUUCAGGCAUUUGAGAGUAACAUAGUGACUCAGGUGGAGCAGGUGCUGAUGGACAAAGAGAGGCUAUUGCGGCGCACCCAGACCCGACGCUCAGACUACAGAGUUCUGGGGAAAAGGGACUCCUCUAAUGUGAUGUCUGAGAACGCUCCCUCCGACGGACAGCUGGCACAACUGAAGGCCAAUACCCACCUAAAAGACUUGGAUGAGGACAUCUAUGAUGACGAUGAUUUCUACCACCACCUCCUCCGAGAGCUGAUCGAGCAAAAGACAAGCACGGCCGACCCCAAGAGUCAGACGGCGAUGGGCAAGCAUUGGUUGGCCAUCCACAAGCUGCGUAGGAAGAUCAAGAAGAAUGUGGACACCAAGGCCAGCAAGGGCCGAAAAGUCAGAUAUCACAUCCACAGCAAGCUGGUCAAUUUCAUGGCGCCUGUGGACCAAAGCUCAGUCAGUGAUGAGGCGUGCAACGAUCUGUAUCGUGCCCUCUUCGAUCAGAAAGCCUCAGUAAAGCAGGGCUUUUAA